AUGAAUUCAGCUCCAGCUAAAAUUAUUAAUACAACAAUUGAUAAAUCAAAUCAAUUUACAAACAAGGCAACUAAUCCAAUGGAUGCUUUUGUAACUGUAGCUGAAAUGAAAGAGGAGGCUAGAAAAAAGUUACCAAAAAUGGUAUAUGAUUAUUAUGCAUCAGGCUCAAAUGAUCAAUCUACUUUAGCUGAGAAUGAAAAUGCCUUUACAAGAAUCAAAUUGGUUCCAAGAUCAUUAGUUAAUGUAUCUAAAGUUUCAACUAAAACUAAAAUUUAUGGCCAAGAUCUUUCAACUCCAAUUAUGAUUGCACCAUGGGCUAUGCAAAGAAUGGCACAUCCAAAUGGUGAAUUGGAUACUUUAGAAGCUGCAAAAGAAUUUGGAACUAUUAUGACAUUAAGUAGUUUAUCCACCACAUCUGUUGAAGAUGUAUCAAAACAUUCAAAUGGUAACCCAGGAUGGUUCCAACUUUAUGUAUUUAAAGAUAGAAAAGUUUCAGAAGAUUUAGUUAAAAGAGUUGAAAAGCUUGGAUACAAAGCACUUGUUGUUACUGUAGAUACACCAUUUUUAGGUAAAAGAGAUGCAGACUAUAAAAAUCAAUUUAAAUUACCAAAUGGUUUAUUUUUAAAGAAUUUUGAACAUUUAUUAUUAUCAAAUUUAGAAGGUGGUUUAAAUCAAUAUAUGGCAACAAUGAUUGAUCCAGGAUUAACUUGGAAAGAUUUAGAAUGGUUAAGAUCUAUUACUACUCUUCCAGUUUUAGUUAAAGGUGUUAUGUGCCCACAAGAUGCUGCUGAAGCAUUAAAGCAUGGUGCAGAUGGUAUUAUUGUUAGUAACCAUGGUGGUCGUCAAUUAGAUACCUCUCCAUCAACUAUCGAAGUUUUACCAGCAAUUUCUAAAGUAGUCCAAGGUAAAAUCCCACUCAUUUUAGAUGGUGGUAUUCGUAGAGGUACCGAUAUUCUUAAAGCUUUGGCAUUUGGUGCCAAUGCUGUUUUAAUUGGUAGACCAGUAAUUUGGGGUUUAAGUUGCGGCGGCAAAGAUGGUGUUUUAAGAGUUUUAAAUCUAUUAAACAGUGAACUCCAAUUAUCCAUGGCUUUUACUGGUAUGAAUUCUAUUCACGAAAUUACCGAAAAUAUUAUUUGGGACCAAAAUAAAUAUAUCAAACUCUAAAAACUUUACAAUUUAAAAAAAGAAAUAAUAAUCUAAUAAUUAAAUAUUUUAAAAUAAAUAGUAUCUAAAAUUUAAAUUACAAUCAAUAGUAAAAUUAUGCAGUAAAUUUAUUUUUUAUUAAAAACAACAAUAAAAUUCAAAUAAAAUUAUAAAUUAUAAUCUUUAUUUAUAUUUAUAUAU